AGAGAAUAUCUCCCAUUCAAUCGCUUAGAGAUAGGAGAAAGAGAAAAGGGGAAGGAAGAUCAAUUAAGGUUGCAGGACAUCCAGGACAGCUUCUAUUUGAAACUCUGGUGGAAAAAAGACCAUGGAAACAGCAUUUGGGCUAUUAUUUUCAAUUCCUUACGUUCUUAUAAUCUUUCUGUUUUCUGGCCUCCUAUGGUCUCUGUGUAUAAUUUAUAUAGUGCCAACACUAGAAUUCAGGUCAAUAACGGAUGCAGCCUCUUCUGGGAUUCCAAUUGGAGUCCUUUUGGGCCUCUCUACAGACUGUCCCAUGAGCCCCAUGAUCCCAUCACUAUUAGAGAGGCCUAUGAGAAUAUUCACAGUCAUGUCGGUGACUUACCUCACCACGUUAGCACGGCCCUUAUUAACAACAGUCCUUCCUUUGAAGAGACACCUGACACUACUCACUGGACCCGCGCCCCUAAUGGUGAUUUCUCCUUUAAGACGGCCUAUGAUGAGAUAAGGAAGAAA